CUGAAAGAGACGUAUUUGUAAGCAUAGACAGGCAAUAACGAAUUCAAUGUACCAGUCUAUGGAACGAUAUCUGACAAACUUACUUACAUACAUUUAAAUACAUGUACUCCGCAGCCAGCGUGGAUUUACGGCUUGACUCAGUCGGAUUUCGUCGGCUUGUGAAACCGGGAUGAUCUAAGUGAUAUUUAAACUUCCUGAUGGAAUAAUAUGUAAAGUGAUACCCUCGGAUCUGGCUUUGUGGUAUUAUAACCAACAUGUUGUCAUCAUGGAUAGUGUUCCUUGUUUUCGCCGUGCUGGUGAAAGGCGUCAAUGGUCAAAUGACUAUCAGUAGUACCCCCCUGGUGGCCAAUGUGUAUGAAGAAGAGAGGUCCCGGAUCAGCCUGACGGACAUCGUGUGUACCCACACGGCCGACAUAACCGUCUUCCUUCAGAGUGUCUCGCCGACCACUCUCUGUGCAACGUGCUUCGCCGUCUACAAGAUCGCCCCAUCCAUAAACUUUCAGCUCUUCUACCUCCCGAGUCAGGGGAACCUCUCCUACGCCUUGGUCCCCAUCUACGACAUCACGGUGACGUGCACUGAUGGAGCAGGGACGAGUCUCUCCACCACCAUCAACGUACGAGUAAGGACUAACGAGCCGCCGAGGUUUAACACAUUUUCAGCGACAGUGACAAACAUCAACGCCAAGACAACCAAAAAUGGGGCAGUGAUCUACAUAGAGACAGGUGUUACAGAGCCGGACGGUGAUGCGGUGUUCUACAACAUGACUGUUCAGCCCGCCUCCAGUGCCUCCAAAUACGAGAUUGGACUCACUGACGGAGUAGUCCGGGCUACUGCAGACCUCUCCUCGGAGUGUUUUCCAACGCUCGUGUUCUUUAUAUACGUACACGACAGCAGAAACGUCAUCGUGGGACCCAAAGUCAUCACCGUACAGUUUUCAGAUUACUACCAAGUGCCCUAUAUCCCGGGGGUCAACAAAGAUGUGACCGUGUCUGAAGAUCUGCCAAUCAACAGCAUAAUACACGACAUCCAGGCGGUCAGUGAUCCAGUAGCCACCUACACUAUAGACACUUCACCCUCUAUAGCAGCAUUCAUUUUUGAAGUAAACACCGCGGCAACAUCCACCCUGCGCCUGAGAAGCAAGCUGGAUUAUGAAAGCGGGGUUCGAAACAUCAACGUCACUAUCCAGCCGUCUAAUGGUUUCUGUGCUCCAGACACCUUCUUCCUCUAUGUCAAGGUCACCGACGCCAACGACCCCCCUGUCAUCAGCCCUAGGGACGUGGUCACCGUUCAGUAUGAAGGUCCGUUUACCUACGAUGCUGGCUUCACCUUCGUGGAUGAAGACCCUGGCGACACUGGGACCUACAGUAUCAUUGGCGGUAAUGCCGCCAACCUCUUCUACAUCGACUCCGCCAGCGGGAUUAUCACCUGUCUUGACUACGACGUCGACGUUGCCGGUGCUGCUACUACAGUUGUACUUAUGAUUCAAGUGGAAGACGUUAAAGACAAAGGAAAGGAUAACACAACAGUGACGAUCAACUUCUUGGACAAGAACGACAACCCACCUGUAAUCACCGGCCCACCAUCAGGUCUAUACCAGGUUCAAGUGGAAGACUGUUUCCCCGCCGGCACCUACCUAACCAAAAUAUUUGCUGCUGAUGGCGUGGACACAGCUUUCAACAAUAACAACGUUGUCCAAUGCAACCCAAGCACCACCGGCGUCCUUUUCGUCUUGCCUGCUUGCGACGUCAUCCUCAACGGGUCAAUACCGGCUGGCACAGUAGAGACCAUCUACGUUACGGCUUCGGAUAAAGGGACGUUUCCUGGUCCGCUGACUAGCUCUUCUGUGCCAGUACUCGUCUCCUCAAUCCUCUGCACUAUUACCACCACUGCAACGACAACCGUGCCGUCAACUACAACGCCUGUCCCGACGACAACAACUACCCCUGCCACAACUGUACCUGGUUUGGAUGGCCUUGUACCUGCAUCAGCGGUCAACGGUGACAAUGGCACUGGCAAUAUGCCAUGGAUCGUCAGCGCUUGUAUAUUGGGGUGUAUCGGAAUAGCUGCCGCCGCUUUCUUCAUCAGCAGAUACAUCGCGCCGCGCUGUAGAGGAAGUUCCUCACCAAGAUUCAAUGCAGGACCAUCACAAAAUACGCAGCCUGGUCCUCCUGAUAAUAAACAAGUUCAGUUCAGAGGCAAUAACCGCCAGUCUCCCAAGAGGAACAACGUGAAGCCGGUCACACCGAGAGAAGUGCAACCGUACGAGGCCUACAAGGAUGACCAGCGAGGUCCGAACCUGCAACAGAAGAACGUCUGGCGAGGGAUGGGCACACAGCCAGAUAAAUCAUUUGAACUGUAGAUGUGAAACCAUUGACGUGUAACUUUAAUAGUGGUAUAACUUAACCAGUGACUGCUGAAACAUGACUCCUGCUGCGCAUGUCAUGCAGCCUCAUAAAUCAGUCACUGUACCUUGACGUUACCAGAUACAAUCAAUGUCAAGAAAGCUGAUUUGUCAUGAUUGUUCAUAUUCGUGUAUGUGCAACUAGGCCUGACUCAAGAACUGAGUGUACAACAGCCAUCUGUCUCCAUGAAAUUUAUAUUAUAUAGGAUUACACAUAAUACACGCGAGCUCUCUAAACAGGGUAUGUGUAACACUCCCCUGAAGCAGUUGUUGGUGAUGAUUAUUAUUCGCUUGGUCACUCCAUGCUAUAUUGUACGUCUUUGUUGAGCGGCCAUUUUGAUAUUUAUACCAUGUGUGUGUUUACAUAAGAUUGUAUCAUCUGUGUGCGGUUCUGUUACUUAAGACAUGGUCAGUAUCUGACUGUAUACCCUAGUCUUUCAUGAUUAGGUCAGCUUUACAUAAAUAGACAACUCUAUUAAUAUUAUUGAUGAAUAUAUUAUGGGCGUAACGAUCGACCAAGCUUUCGAUACAUUUAUCAACUGGUCAACGGCUAUACAUACUUGAUAAUUUAAAAUAUCAUCUGUUGGCAUCGAUUAUCAACUCUAACUUUUGUUU